UUCACUACAACCUUAAAAAAGCACCACCCCAGAGCCACCUUUCCAAUCUCUAAUAAUGGAGGUUUGGCAUAUCCUCCUCCCUCUCUUUCUUGGCGCAGCCCUCAAGUUCUUCUUCUUUGAUGACAAGAAGAAAGCCAAGAAAACCAGCAAGCUCCCUCUCCCACCAGGCCCUCCUUCAAGAUUGCCCUUCCUUGGCAACAUCUUUCUGUUCCGUAAAAUACUUUCUGAUAUCCAAUCAACAGUCUACCAACAACUCCGUGAUAAGUAUGGCCCCAUCAUCUCCAUAAGCGUUGCUUCCAACACUACUGUUGUCUUCAUUUCAAGCCAUUCUCUAGCACAUCAAGCCCUAGUCAAGAACAGUGAAACUUUUGCCCACCGCCCAGGACCAGUCACACCUAGCCGCGUCCUCUUUAACAACCAUGACGACGUUGGCUCCUCUUCCGGUGCUCUCUGGCGGCUUCUCCGCCGGAAUAUCACCUCUGAGGUCCUCAACCCUGCUCGUUAUAAGUCCUUUGGUGAAGCUAGGAGAUGGGUCUUACAGAUUCUAACUCAGCAGUUCAAAGACCAUUCUGAAUCAGGCAAGCCUGUGACCGUAAUCGAUCACAUCGGAUACGCCAUGUUCGCUUUGAUGCUCUUCCUUUGCUUCGGUGAGAAACUUGAUGAGAAGCUCGUUAGGGAAAUCGAAGACUUGGAGAGAACCCUAAUGUCUAAUUACGUUAGCUUCAAUUACUUUCUCUUUUUCCCUAGACUUGGGAAAUUCAUCUUCAGAAAAAGCUGGCUCAAACUGCUUGAUGUGCGCCGCAGACAAGAAUCCAUUCUUAUUCCUCCAAUAAAAGCUCGAAGAGAAUGGAGGAAGAAGAUCAAACAAGAGGGACAAGAAGGAUCAAACCCAGAUGAUGGACACAUUUUCUCCUACAUCGAUUCUUUGUUCGAUCUUAAAAUCAAAGGAGAAGAAGGAGAAAGGAAUCUCAGUGACAAAGAAAUAAUGACUCUAGUCUCUGAGUUUCUGGAUGCUGGGACUGAUGCACCAUCAUCAGUGUUGCAGUGGAUCAUGGCACACCUAGUGAAGGAUCAAGACAUUCAAGAAAAGCUCUAUUCUGAAAUCAAAGGUGUUGUGCAUUCAAAAGAAGAGAUCAAAGAAGAAGAUUUGCAAAAGAUGCCAUACUUGAAGGCGGUGGUAAUGGAAGCUUUGAGGUUGCACCCACCUGGUCACUUUGUUCUGCAUCAUACUGUUGUUGAAGAUUUUGAGUUGGAUGGUUACCUUAUACCCAAGAAUUCCAUUGUGAAUUUCAUGGUGGCUCAGAUGGGGAGGGACCCAAAAGUUUGGGAAGAUCCAAUGGAGUUCAAGCCAGAGAGGUUCUUGGGUGAUGUAGGGGAAGUAAUUGAUAUAACAGGGAGUAGAGAGAUAAAGAUGAUGCCAUUUAGUGCAGGGAGGAGGAUUUGUCCUGGACUUGGAUUGGCCACACUUCAUCUUGAAUAUUUUGUUGCGAAUUUCGUAAAAGAUUUCAAAUGGACGGUUGGUGAUGGAGAAAAAAUUGACUUUUCAGAGAAGGAGGAGUUCACAGUUAUGAUGAAGAGCCCAUUGCGAGCCCAUGUGUCUCCAAGGGUUAAAUAAGAAUUGUACCUGAGAAAUAGAUAAGAGUCUGGAUCUUCUCCUCCAAUGGGGAGAGAAUGAGAUCAGUCCCCAAAAAAAUAAAAAGCCCAAUAAGAGAGUCUAGAUGGUUAUUUCUUUUCUUCUUUUGUUUUCUUUUGCAUGUACCCAAAAAAUAAAUGACCAUUUCCUUCUUCUCUUUCUCCUUAAGCUCGAAAUGGCCUUUGCAUGUAAUGGGUCUUCAAUAGUUUCUAAUGUAAGAGUGCAGAAGAUAGUAUCAAUCUUUAAUGAGUUUAUUUUAUCAA